ACGUUCCGUCUCUGAUUUUUCCACUUUUGUGAAUGAAAAGACAUGAACGUGCGUAUUCACGAAUAGUGAAAUCUCCUCUGCCAAAUAAUGUGUAUAUAUAGGAGAGCACAAAAGGCUAUUUUAUUUCAUCUUACAUCUUACUUCUUCAAUUUCUCUUUAAAUCUUUUUCUUUCAUAGGUUUGAAGAACUUAUUCUUUAAUUCUUGAUCUGACGUAAUCAAAAACAAAAAGAGGAGAAGAGAAAAAAAGAAAAAGGCUUUGUUUUCUGGGAUUUACUAAUCCGGGAAAAAAUGGAGGGAACUAGUUUUCAGAAAGCGAGUAACAGUUUGAGAAGAAACUCGUCGGUGUGGAAGAGAGAUUCAGGAAUGGAGAUUUUCUCGAGGUCGUCUAGAGAAGAAGACGACGAAGAAGCUUUGAGAUGGGCUGCUCUAGAGAAGCUCCCCACUUUUGAUCGUCUCAGGAAAGGAAUCCUCACGGCCUCACAUGGCGGAGCCAUCAACGAGAUCGAUAUUCAGAAGCUUGGAUUCCAAGAUACGAAGAAACUGCUCGAGAGGCUCAUCAAAGUCGGCGACGACGAGCAUGAGAAGCUCCUCUGGAAACUCAAGAACCGUAUCGAUAGAGUUGGAAUCGAUCUUCCGACAAUAGAAGUUCGGUUUGAUCAUCUGAAAGUCGAAGCAGAGGUUCAUGUCGGAGGCAGAGCUUUACCCACGUUCGUUAAUUUCAUGUUUAAUUUCGCAGAUAAGCUCCUGAAUUCUCUGCACCUUCUUCCCAACCGGAAGAAGAAGUUCACUAUACUCAACGACGUCAGCGGAAUCGUUAAGCCCGGCAGGAUGGCUCUGCUAUUGGGUCCUCCAAGUUCUGGAAAAACGACCCUCUUGCUUGCCUUGGCGGGAAAGCUUGAUCAUGAACUAAAGGAAACUGGGAGAGUGACAUACAAUGGUCAUGGGAUGAAUGAGUUUGUGCCACAAAGAACAGCUGCGUAUAUCGGUCAAAACGAUGUUCACAUCGGUGAAAUGACUGUUCGAGAGACUUUUGCUUACGCAGCUCGCUUCCAAGGCGUUGGUUCGCGUUAUGAUAUGUUGACGGAAUUGGCAAGAAGAGAGAAGGAAGCAAACAUCAAACCUGACCCUGAUAUUGAUGUCUUCAUGAAGGCGACGUCAACAGCAGGUGAAGAAACAAAUGUGAUGACAGAUUAUAUUCUCAAGAUCUUAGGGCUUGAGGUAUGCGCAGACACUAUGGUCGGUGAUGAUAUGCUGAGAGGUAUCUCCGGAGGACAAAAGAAGCGUGUUACUACUGGUGAAAUGCUUGUUGGACCGUCUAGGGCUCUGUUCAUGGACGAGAUAUCGACUGGUUUAGAUAGCUCAACGACGUACCAGAUUGUGAACUCACUCAGAAACUACGUUCACAUCUUCAACGGGACAGCUCUGAUCUCUCUCCUUCAGCCUGCGCCUGAGACGUUCAAUCUCUUCGAUGAUAUCAUUCUCAUUGCAGAAGGCGAGAUCAUCUACGAGGGCCCUCGUGAUCAUGUCGUGGAGUUCUUUGAGACCAUGGGAUUCAAAUGCCCUCCAAGAAAAGGCGUCGCUGAUUUCCUUCAAGAAGUGACUUCAAGGAAAGACCAAAUGCAGUAUUGGGCACGACCUGAUGAGCCUUAUAGGUUCAUAAGAGUGAGGGAGUUUGCAGAGGCGUUUCAGUCAUUCCAUGUUGGGCGGAGAAUAGGAGAUGAGCUCGCUUUGCCCUUUGACAAGAAGAAGAGCCAUCCGGCUGCUCUAACUACAGACAAGUAUGGAGUUGGGAUUAAGGAACUUGUGAAGACCAGCUUCUCCAGAGAAUACUUACUCAUGAAAAGAAACUCCUUUGUUUACUAUUUCAAGUUCGGACAACUGCUGGUUAUGGCAUUUAUGGUAAUGACGCUGUUCUUUCGGACGGAGAUGCAAAAGAAGACAGAGGUGGAUGGGAGUCUCUACACGGGAGCCUUGUUCUUCAUCCUGAUGAUGCUCAUGUUCAAUGGAAUGUCAGAGCUUUCAAUGACCAUUGCAAAACUUCCUGUGUUUUACAAACAAAGAGAUCUCCUCUUCUACCCUGCUUGGGUUUACUCUCUGCCUCCUUGGCUCCUCAAGAUCCCUAUAAGCUUCAUCGAAGCCGCUCUCAGUGCAUUUAUCACUUAUUACGUCAUCGGCUUUGACCCCAACAUUGGAAGGCUGUUUAAGCAGUAUAUCCUGCUCGUGCUCAUGAACCAGAUGGCUUCAGGAUUGUUUAAGAUGAUGGCGGCUUUGGGAAGAAACAUGAUCGUUGCAAACACAUUUGGUGCAUUUUCGAUGCUUGUCUUCUUUGCCUUGGGUGGUGUUGUACUUUCACGAGACGAUAUCAAGAAGUGGUGGAUAUGGGGUUACUGGAUCUCCCCAAUCAUGUACGGACAAAACGCGAUUAUGGCCAAUGAGUUCUUCGGACACAGCUGGAGUCAAGCUGUCCCAAAUUCAACAGACACACUUGGAGUCACUAUCCUCAAGUCUCGUGGGUUCUUACCCCAUGCGUACUGGUAUUGGAUCGGAACUGGAGCCUUACUCGGAUUCGUUGUGUUGUUCAACUUGGGUUUCACGCUGGCUCUGACUUUUCUGAACUCCUUGGGAAAGCCUCAAGCUGUUUUGAUGGAAGAGCCUGCGAGUGAUGGGCAGAACACGAGAGACGAGACAGAACUCCAGUCUACUCAGACAGGAGAAGCCAACACCAAUAAGAAAAGAGGAAUGGUGCUUCCAUUUGAGCCACAUUCGAUCACCUUCGACAAUGUUAUAUACUCAGUUGACAUGCCCCAGGAAAUGAUAGAGCAAGGCACACAAGAAGACAGACUUGUCCUGUUGAAAGGUGUCAAUGGUGCAUUCAGGCCAGGCGUGCUUACGGCUCUCAUGGGUGUCUCCGGUGCUGGCAAAACCACUCUGAUGGAUGUUCUCGCCGGAAGGAAAACCGGUGGUUAUAUUGAUGGCAACAUCACCAUUUCCGGAUACCCUAAGAAUCAACAAACAUUUGCCCGUAUCUCAGGGUAUUGUGAGCAAACCGAUAUCCAUUCCCCACAUGUCACUGUUUACGAGUCCUUGGUUUACUCAGCCUGGCUCCGGUUACCUAAAGAAGUCGAUUCAAACACAAGAAAGAUGUUUAUAGAGGAAGUGAUGGAGCUGGUGGAGUUAACGCCGCUAAGGCAAGCACUAGUGGGACUACCUGGCGAGAGCGGUUUGUCAACGGAGCAAAGAAAGAGACUGACCAUUGCGGUGGAGCUGGUUGCAAACCCUUCCAUCAUCUUCAUGGAUGAACCUACUUCAGGAUUAGAUGCACGAGCUGCUGCCAUCGUUAUGAGGACUGUGAGGAACACGGUCGACACAGGCAGAACCGUCGUCUGCACCAUUCACCAGCCUAGCAUCGACAUAUUCGAAGCCUUUGAUGAGUUGUUCUUACUGAAGCGUGGAGGUGAGGAGAUCUACGUUGGACCUCUUGGCCACGAAUCAAGCCAUUUGAUCAACUACUUUGAGAGUAUUCAAGGAAUCAGCAAGAUCACAGAGGGGUACAACCCAGCAACCUGGAUGCUUGAAGUUUCAACCACUUCUCAAGAAGCUGCUUUAGGAGUCGAUUUCGCACAACUCUACAAAAAUUCAGAGCUUUAUAAGAGAAACAAGGAGCUAAUCAAGGAGCUAAGCCAGCCAGCUCCGGGAUCAAAAGAUCUGUAUUUCCCGACACAGUAUUCGCAAUCGUUCUGGACGCAAUGUAUGGCUUCUCUAUGGAAACAACACUGGUCCUACUGGAGAAACCCGCCUUACACCGCCGUGAGAUUCCUCUUCACAAUCGGCAUUGCUCUCAUGUUCGGCACCAUGUUCUGGGACCUUGGAGGCAAAACGAGAACGCGACAGGAUCUAUCCAAUGCGAUGGGCUCGAUGUACACAGCUGUUCUCUUCCUCGGAUUACAGAACGCCGCCUCAGUGCAACCAGUCGUCAACGUCGAGAGAACAGUCUUUUACCGUGAACAAGCCGCCGGAAUGUACUCCGCCAUGCCGUAUGCUUUCGCUCAGGUCUUCAUCGAGAUGCCAUACGUCCUCGUGCAAGCGGUGGUGUACGGUCUCAUUGUGUACGCCAUGAUAGGAUUCGAGUGGACGGCGGCGAAGUUUUUCUGGUAUCUCUUCUUUAUGUACGGAUCACUCUUAACUUUCACAUUCUACGGCAUGAUGGCUGUGGCCAUGACGCCUAACCACCACAUCGCCUCCGUCGUCUCCUCCGCUUUCUACGGCAUUUGGAAUCUCUUCUCCGGCUUCCUCAUCCCGCGUCCGAUUAUGCCUGUAUGGUGGGAAUGGUACUACUGGCUGUGCCCAGUUUCAUGGACACUAUACGGACUAAUCACAUCACAGUUCGGUGAUAUUACGGAACCAAUGGCAGAUGGUACGAGCGUGAAACAAUUCAUUAGAGAUCUUUACGGAUUUAGAGAAGGUUUCUUGGGAGUGGUUGCAGCCAUGAACGUCAUCUUCCCAUUGGUCUUUGCCAUCAUCUUUGCUGUUGGAAUCAAGUCUUUCAAUUUCCAAAAACGAUAAACAGUUUCUCUUAUUAUUUGUAAUUUAUACAUUUUGCGUUCUGUUUCCUGUAACACAAAUAAGACCACAUUUUUUUGUUUGUUUAUAAGCUAUUCUUUUUCUAUUUGUAAUGCCAGAAAAGGGUGAUCACUAUAUUAGAUUGAAUCUCUAUAGCUAAUAAUGUUUACAAAUACAGAGUAAUUCCUAUUUCAUAAGAAAAACGUUACAGACAAAACAAAAGCCUAAUAUAAUCCAGGUUUCCUGUAAUAACAUUAACAAUCCCUUGAUGUAUGUGUUCCUUCUUUAUCAUUCUAAGCUCCACAUGAACAUUCUCCAUCUUUAAAUUGGUGGAAAAGCUCAGCAUCUCUAACAGAGAUCUCUCUUCUCACUGUUUUGGUGAUGAACUUCACUGUGUCAUGGCAACUCUCGCACAUAUUGAGAUUCUUUGUCACCCAAAUCGGCAUUCCUGGGACCGUGUUGAUCAGACCAAAAGCAAUGGCCUUUCUCUCGCUAUGCCCGCAGAAUAUCUCAUCUCUCGAAAUCUCAGUCUCAUCCCUAGAGCUAGAUUCUGAACUUGUAGUAAUCCCAACUUCACUCAUUUUCUCAUAGAACCCCUCUAAAACUGUGUUGAUCUCUUUCGUUUGGGGAUGGUACUUGUCAUCGCUAAGAAAGGCAUGAACUUUACCCUUUACUUCAACCCAACUGCAUCCUGCAUCAACGGUUAGCCCGUUGUCUUUCAUCAUUCUUCUCAUUUUCGCAACUUCUCUCCAUUUGCCACAAUCAGCAUACAGAUUACAUAACAGAAUGUAAUAGCCAACACUUUCCUUGUCCAGCUCAAAUAUACGCUGCGCUGAUAGCUCGCCGAGUUUAAUGUCGCGGUGAAUCCUGCACGCGUUAAGCAAGGCUCCCCAUACCGCCGGAUCUGGUGAUACUGGCAUUCUCUGAAUAAACUUGUGCGCUUCUUCUAACUCGCCUGCACGGCCAAGACAAUCAACCACGCAAGCAUAGUGCUUCAAGUUUGGGGUAACACCAUAGUUAUCCUCCAUUCUGCUAAAGUACAUCAAACCUUCUCUCACCAUUUGGGAUUUGCUACAGCCACAUAGCAGUGAGAUGAAUGUAAUCUCAUCUGGUCUUACUCUUGACUUAACCAUCCUGUCAAAUAGCUCCACCACCACCGACCCUUGACCCCGUUCUGAAUAUCCGGUUAGAAGAAUGUUCCAUGAUGAGACAUCUUUUUUCUGUGAGUUGAACUGAUUCCAAGCAAUGUUCAUUCUCCCGCACCGAACAUACAUGUCUAAGAGUGCAUUUGGAAGAAAAUCAUCAAGCCCCACUCCUGUUCUCAGCACAUGGGCGUGAAUCUCUUUCCCACACAUCAAAGCUCCGAUUCUGGCACAGGCUGCUAACGCAGCUGUCAACGUUAUUGCAUUUGGCUGCAGCGUCAUUUUCAUCUGCCGGAAGAAUAUCAAGGCCUCAAAACACCGGUUGUUGAGCCGAAGCCCUGCAAUGAUCGAUGUCCAAGAUAUUACGUUCUUGCGAGGGAUGUUGUGGAAGAUGUCCAAGGCCCUAUCAAUGCAUUUGCACUUUGAGUACAUGUUAAUGAGAUUGUUUGCAACAAUCACAUAGGAUAUGAGCCUUGCCUUAAUCGCAAGCUUAUGGAGCUCAACACCUGUGUCAAUAUCACCUAGAGUAGCGCAAGCAGAUAGAACAGCAGCUACUGCAAUCUCAUCUGGCUUCACGCAAUCUUGAUCCAUCAUUCUGUAAGUGUCUAUGGCCUUCUCGGGCAGAAAGUUAUACUCGUAGCCUGAAAUCAUAGUGGUCCAUGACACAAUGUCCUUGCGCUCCAUUCUGGUGAAAACUUUUUCAGCUUCACGCCAUGACCCAGCGUUUAAGUACAUCUGAGUCAAAGAGUUGCAGACAGAUAUAUCAACAGCGAAACCCGUGCUAAUCACAUAAGCAUGGAUCUCCCUUUCCAACCUCCCAUCUCCAAGAAGCUCACAAGCAGAGAUAACACUGGUCAUGGUCAUCAAAUCAGGAUCAACCGAAAGCACACGCAUAGCAAAGAACAGCUUCAGGCCUUCAUGACACAUCCCGUUCUCGAAAUACCCAGAGAUCAUUGCGUUCCAUGAGAUUAUAUCUCUCCUAGGCAUUCUAUCAAAAAGCAGCCUCGCGCUCUUUACAUCGCCACACUUCACAUACAUAGUAAUCAAAGCGUUGACCACAUCAAUAUCCAGUUCGUAUCCGUACCGAACCACGUGAACGUGAACCUCUCUUCCUCGAGCAAGAUCAGGUAUACCUCCACAGGUUCUCAAUACACAGGGGAACGUAUAGACAUCAGGUUUGACCCCACCAACCCACAACAUCCUAUGAUACAAACACAUCGCCUCGUCGAAAUAGCCUUGCUUUGCGUAGCCACCGACCAACACGUUCCAAGAAAACAAGUUUCUCUCAGACAUUUUGCCGAAAACAUACCAGGCAUCGACCAAAUUACCGAACCUCACAAACAUAGCGAGAAACGCGUUACCGAGAUCAACACCAAGGCUGCUCAUGGAGUUUAGAGCAAUAGAAUAAACCUUGGAGCCUUCGUCUUGUGCUCUCUUCCACUCGCACAGCCUGACCAAAGCCACAUACGCAUCUUCGUCUACCGAAAUCCGCAACUCCUGCAUAGAAUUCAGAAGCUUCAUAGCUUCCUCCAGCUUCCCGUUCGCGCAGAGGCCAUGUAACUGAGAAUUCGAAAAGUGGGUACUGCUAGAACUCGAGCUAAGAACUGAUAAUCCUUGAGAUUUUCUCAAGAAAAGUUUCCGAAUUCCGAAAUUCCAGUAGAAAUUAACGUUUCUAUGCUUAUGAGCUUUGCUCUGGAAAGAUUUCGACUUGCCUGGAUUGAGAUAAAAGUGAGGACUUUGAGCAGAAGACGCCAUUGUCUGAGAGACAGAGCAAAGAACAUGGUCACACUUCGUAGAGGUUUUACAUUGGGGUUUUAUGGCGAGAAGAUAAAAUGGACAAAAA